AUGGCGUCGGAACGUUACAGUUUUUCUCUUACAACUUUUAGCCCGUCUGGAAAAUUGGUUCAAAUCGAAUAUGCUUUAGCCGCUGUAGCAGCCGGCGGUACAUCCGUCGGAAUUAAAGCUUCUAAUGGCGUCGUGAUUGCAACAGAAAAUAAACACAAGAGUAUCCUGUAUGAUGAACAUAGCGUGAACAAAGUGGAAAUGAUCACAGGGCAUAUAGGCAUGGUGUAUUCUGGCAUGGGUCCAGACUACCGUCUCCUAGUGACGCAAGCUCGCAAAAUGGCACAGCAGUACUAUCUGAUGUACCAUGAACCCAUUCCCACUGCGCAGCUGGUGCAAAGAGUGGCUACGGUGAUGCAGGAGUAUACUCAGUCUGGAGGUGUCCGACCGUUUGGAGUUUCCUUACUGAUCUGUGGCUGGGAAGAAGGCAGACCAUAUCUGUUCCAAUGUGACCCAUCUGGCGCCUACUUCGCUUGGAAGGCGACGGCCAUGGGCAAGAAUUUUAACAAUGGGAAGACAUUCCUUGAAAAGAGAUAUACAGAAGAACUGGAGUUGGAUGAUGCGGUUCACACCGCGAUCCUGACCCUGAAGGAGGGCUUCGAGGGUCAGAUGACGGCAGACAACAUCGAGGUGGGCAUUUGUGAUGCAAAUGGCUUCCGUAGGCUGGAGCCCGCUCACGUCAAGGACUAUCUCGCUAACAUACCUUAA